UCUCGACCAUUGUAUCAAAUCAUAUCAAUCCCUUUCUCUCUCCGCCCUCCCAUUUCCCUUGGUCAUGGCUCUACCUAUAAAGCUUGGACAGAUCUUCUCACUUCUUUCCACCUUUGACCUAAUUUUCUACGUUGGCUUUUGGCACUCAUAGAGACAGACAGAGAGACAGAGAGAUGGGUAGGGCUCCCUGCUGUGACAAGGCUAAUGUGAAGAAGGGUCCAUGGUCUCCUGAUGAAGAUGCAACGCUCAAGGCUUACAUUGAGGAGCAUGGAACUGGUGGCAAUUGGAUUGCUCUUCCUCAUAAGAUUGGUCUAAACAGGUGCGGGAAAAGCUGCAGACUGAGAUGGCUCAACUAUCUAAGGCCUGACAUCAAACAUGGUGGUUUCUCAGAAGAAGAAGACCACAUCAUCUGCAGCCUCUACAUAAGCAUUGGGAGCAGGUGGUCUAUAAUAGCAGCCCAAUUGCCAGGGAGAACAGAUAAUGACAUCAAGAACUACUGGCAUACCAAACUGAAGAAGAAGCUGCUCGGAAGGCGGAGAGAUCGACCUCACUCCUGCCACCUCUCCUCCACCGAUUCAAAAGAACCGCCCAAUGACAUGGAUCACAACAAGGAUUUGCAGUCCCUCAGCACGUCGGCCCUCGAAAGGUUGCAGCUCCACCUGCAACUCCAAGGCCUCCACCACCCGUUUGCCUUCUACAAUAACCCUUUGCUAUGGCCUAAUCUCCUUCCUCCGGGGGAGAGGACCUUACAAAGCCAAUACAGCGUUGUCUCCAAUGAAACCGUGGUCAAGCCACCCUGUUCGACUAUGUCUCCAAUGGAACCCGUUCUGCUCGAUUCCAUGAAUGGAGACAUUAUCGAAAAUUUUGAUGGUGCUACAUUAAAUGGUCAUUCUUCGAUUAUGAGCACCACAGUUUUCAACAGUGAGCAGUCCAAUUCAAAACUCAACGCGGUGGAGGCCGAGCUCCAUGAGUUGCUUUAUGGUGGGAAGGAGGACCGCCGGGCCAAUGAGUUAGACUGUCUCAAGGAAACGGAUAGUGAAGCAGAGAGUAUGAAUUGGUGGUCUAAUGAUCUUGAUGAUGGGAAAUCACAAAUGAGCUCUUUGGGCUCUUCUUACAAUCUCCAUGAUGACUUGAUGGUUCAACAACAUGUAUUGCCUUAUGAGCUAUAGGUACUAUUGAGGUCCAGAUUUCUGACUCGGUAAUCAGUACUAAUUAUCUCUAAAUAGAUGGAGGUAAUGAUGUAAAUGGGUGAAUAAUACUGUAUUAUUUUUCUCACUGUGUACUUCAUCACCCUUCUUUUAUGGGCAUUUCUUAAUCUAUGUUUUUCUGGAAGAAUGUUUUUUCUAUGUUGA